AUGGCCGUUACUUCGUUUCUUGAUACCGUUUUCCGACGGAGAAAGAAGAAGCCUACUGAGUUUAUAAACAUUUUCGAAUUCGACUAUGAUACUAUUAGAGUAGCAACAGAUGAGUUCUCAAAUCGGAUUGCCCGGGGGCUUUGUUCUGUUUACAAGGGUAGGCUUCAAAAUGGACAAGAAAUAGCAGUCAAGAUAUUGUCUCAAAGUUCGGUUAGAACUGAGAGAGAGUUUCGUAAUGAAGUCGAGAUCUUGUCAAAGCUCAAGCACAAGAAUCUGAUCAGUCUUCUUGGUUUCUGCUUUAAACGAGACCAAUAUUGUCUUGUUUACGAGUUCAUGCCUAACUUAAACCUCCAUCGGUUUAUCUUCGAUCCGAAUAGAGCAUCUCAGCUAAAUUGGGAGAUGUGUCGAGACGUUAUUCAAGGCGUAGCUCAAGGACUACGUUACCUUCAUGAAGAAUCCGGUUUACGCGUUGUUCACCGAGACAUUGGCGAAAACGAAGCUGAAUCAACAGAAAUUUCCGGUACCUUGGGAUUUUUAGAUCCAUAUUACAUUCGAAGUUUGCGUUUUUCGGUCAAAUCUGAUGUUUAUGCCUUUGGAGUUACAAUCUUGACCAUCAUCAGCAGAAGAAGGGAUUAUGAUUACGAAGAAGAACCUCUAAUUAUAUAUGUUAUGGGAUGUUGGAACAGAGGAGAAGCUAUCAAUGUGAUCCAUGAAGUGAUGAGAGAACAAGAAAGAGGAGAUUCGAUAAGAGAAAUCUUGAGAUACAUUCACAUUGCUUUGCUAUGUAUCGACGAAAACGCAGAGACAAGACCGAGUUUAGAUAAAGUUCUUCAUUGGUUUAGUUGUUUCUCUACUCCUUUACCUGAACCAGCAAUUAGUAUUCAAUUUCUUGUAGAGGAAGAUACAAAUCAGUCUUUGUCCCCUUCUCUGUCUCCAGGGCAUAGCUCUGUUUUGUCUCCCAUGUCUUCACGUUAUGGCGAUUAA